AUGCUCCCAGGCAAAAGGACGCAGAUGGACAGCCUGGUGCAGCCGCUCGUGGCCCAGUACCUCGCCAUGGGAUGUCAGACCAAGGAGAACGGCCCCAACCACAACACCACCACCGCGACUGAGGGCAAGGAUGACGCGAAAGUGGCUCCAGGAUGCGGGUCCAAGACUAGAGUUUCUCCCCCUGGAAGAACUCACCGCUUCCACAGGCACAGUCCGGCUCAGAACGCGCCCAGCAAACCCAACAUGCCUCUGGGUCACCUCACAAAGGGAGGCAGCUGGGACGAGAUCAUCCAGGCCUGUCUCCAGUCCUUUGACUCCAAUGGACUGACGGGAAGCAGCCAUCUGUUGAACAUCACGCUGACCAUGCACCGGCUCCUCAUGUCUCCCAAUGACCUUCUGGACAAACUCAUCUCUCUCUUUAAAACGGCCGUGGACAAUGAAGAACCAGCAGAGUGCAAGAAGAUCUGCUUCCUCAUCAGAUAUUGGAUCCAGGAGUUCUGGAUGAUGUUCCGCCUCCACCCCAGCCUGACCGACAGCUUGGACCAGUUUCGGGAGCUGAUCCGCGAGCAGGGCCAGGAAAGUCUCUGCUCGCUUCUCGAGACCAAAUGGAUAAAUGAGAGGGAUUGGUCGUGGAAGGCAAGCACAAAAAUCAAAGCCAACAGCAGUAAAAAGAGGAAGGUGUCGCUGCUCUUCGAUCACCUGGAGCCUGACGAGUUGGCCGAGCACCUCACCUACCUGGAGUUUAAAUCCUUUUGCAGAAUAUCGUUUAUGGACUACCAGAGCUACAUCCGGAAGUGCUGCCUGAAGGAGAUCCCCGUGAUGGAGCGCUCCAUCGCUCUGUGUAACGGAGUGUCCCAGUGGGUGCAGCUGAUGGUGCUGAGCCGGCCCACGGCACAGCUGCGCGCCGAGGUCUUCACCAAGUUCAUCCACGUGGCUCAGAGUCUCCAUGUCAUGCACAACUUCAACACACUAAUGGCUGUGGUGGGAGGCCUGUGCCACAGCUCCAUCUCCAGACUGAAGGACACCACCUCUCACGUCCCCAGUGAAGUCACCAAGGUACUCAACGAGAUGACCGACCUCCUCUCCUCGCGCCGCAACUACGACAACUACCGGCAGACUUACCACCGAGUCACCGGCUUCAAAAUCCCCAUCCUGGGCGUCCACCUCAAAGACCUGAUCUCGGUGAACGAGGCCAUGUCGGACUACGUGGAGGACGACAAGAUCAACGUCCAGAAGCUCCAAGCCCUCUACAACCACAUCAACGAGCUCAUCCACCUCCAGCAGACCCCCCCCAAGCUGGACGCUAACAAAGACCUUGUGCAUCUGCUGACCCUGUCGUUGGACCUGUACUACACCGAAGAUGAGAUUUAUGAGCUGUCGUACACGAGAGAGCCCAAGAACUGUAAAGCACCGCCCGCCACUCCCUCCAGACCUCCCGUGAUGGUGGUGGACUGGGCUUCCGGAGCGGCCCCCAAACCAGACCCCAGGACCAUCAGCAAGCAUGUGCAGAGGAUGGUUGACUCUGUGUUUAAAAACUACGAUCACGACGAGAACGGCUUCAUCUCUCAAGGGGAUUUUGAGAAAAUUGCUGCGAGCUUUCCAUUUUCCUUCUGUGUCAUGGACAAAGAGAAGGGAGGAAUGGUCAAUAGGGAGGAGAUUACUGCGUAUUUCCUGAGAGCCAGUGUCAUCUGCUCCAAACUGGGCCUCGGCUUUGUUCACAAUUUUCAAGAGACCACGUAUAUGAAGCCUACAUUCUGUGACAAUUGCUCAGGAUUUUUGUGGGGCGUCAUAAAACAAGGCUACAGAUGCAGAGAUUGUGGGAUGAAUUGCCACAAGCUCUGCAAGGACCAGGUGGCGUUCGAAUGCAAGAAAAACACCAAAGUCUCCAGCGCUAUUGACAGUCCCACUUUCAGCACUACGUCUGUCACCACGGGGACUUCAGAGGGUUCAGAGGACUGUCCGUUCCCGUACCCGGAGGAGAUCAAAUACUGGAGCCCGUCGUCGCCUAUGGCUCCUCCGGUCCGACUCCAGAGGGUGCACAGUGGGACCCAGACCGACCUGACCCCCCUCACCCCCCUCACUCCCCUCACCCCCCUCACUCACCUCACCCCACUCACUCCCCUCACCCCCCUCACCUCUCCAGUGCAUGAAGCCGCCCUGCUGCUGCCCUCCACAGCCCCCGCCCUGGGCUCCUGUCCCAGCCCACUGCCCCAGAGGAAACAGAGGCACUGUGCAAAGUGGGAGAACCGCGCAUCGAUGCACAAGACGACCGACUCCGACGAGGAGAGCAGACCCUCGUAUGAAACACUGGAAGGAGAGAAUCAGCGGCUGAAGAAAGUCAACGAGAGUCUGAGGCGAAAGCUGAAGGAGGCGGAGAGAGAGGUGGACAUCCUGAAGACACUGCUGAAGAGACACGCCCUGCACCCGGUGGAAGAGGACUCCUCUUCAUAA